UUUUUCUUUUGCCUAAAUAACUCAAUUUCUAUUAGUUCACAAAGAACUGUCUGAAAUUAUUUUCAGAACUGACAUUUCAGUUCAGUGAUUGUGAUACAUACCUUUGGGAAUGCUAUAAAAAGAUUUAUCAAAAAUAUGGAUAAGCCUGCAAAGACGGAAAAAAGAACAAAAAGCUAUGUGGAUGAAGUGUAUCGUCUUCUUCAGGAGCAACCAGGUGUAAAAGAUGUUAUCGUACUUAAUCAGUUGGCGAAUCCGAUCCGAACCACAAUGGAACACCAGCGUGCUGUAGAAUAUAGUGGUCUAUAUGAAAUGCUUUAUCAAAAAGUUCGAUAUAUGUUACUACAAAUUGAUCCUGAAGACGAACUUUUGGGAUUGCGUGUGCGGACAAAAUCGGAUGAAACUAUUGUGGCAGAAGAUGGGAAAAUCACAGUUAUGGUUGUGCAAAAUGCCAUAGAUAUGAUUCAGCCAAGAAUAGAAAAAAUAGAUGAUAGGCAUUUGUGAUUUUUUUUUUUAUGGAGACGCAUCGAAGAACCAAUAGAAAUGUUAUAAUUUAAAAUGUUA